AUGGCGCAAUUUUCCUGGACAAUCGUGGAAUCUAAGUCUGCGUCCUUACACAAGGCCCUGAAGGCCGUUGAGAAGUGUAACCACGAGAUAUCACAAACGCUCUAUUCGUCAUCGCACAAAACAAGAAUUUUAUCGCAACUGGACACAUUUGUGAGUUCUCUCAGGGAAAUCUCAGAAAAGUCCUCUUUUAACGACUACUUUGAAGAAUUGCCCUCGCUGUUCUUCAUUAAGGCCACAGGCGUCGUUCAACUCCAUCCUUCCUUUUUGGGUAAUGUUAAGCACGGGGUUUACUCGUAUCUUUCGAACUUUCUGAUGCAUUACAAUGAGGAUUUCGGCGGCGUCUGGAUCAGCUGUGGCAGCGUUAAACCCCUAGACUCCCUUGGAUUUCUGACCUCCGGAGACUUUCAGUCCAUAGUUUCCCUGCCCGUUUCACUUAGGGUAUUGGCAUUCGUUCCCAAACUGGACGUUAUUAUAGUCCUGGUCUACGGGAUCUUCAACGUUGCCGUUAAGCAUGAGGAUCUCCCCAAGAUUAAACAUGACGGCUCAUCCUAUAAACUCUAUUUUGAGGAGAAGACUGUUACUGAGAACUCUCUGGUGACCAUGAAGCUCAUAAGUGUCAACAUCUUAACUAAGAACAAGUCGUUGAACUUAUCGGCGGUUCUUGAAAGUAAUUUCUUAACGGAAUGA